AUGCACAGUACAAAUUUCAAUACAGACGGAGGCAGUACGAAAGGAGAAGUUCUGGUGUCGGUGGCGACGUUGGUGACGGAGGGGCGGAUCCCGGGCAGUAUCAACUCCAAAUCCAAGAAGUUUUAUGAAGGACCCCACUGUACCUUGGUGAAGGGAGCUAAUAAGGGACAUACUUGUGGUUUGGCUGACUCACUGUGUUUGAAAUACGAAAACGACCGCGAGACAGUCAUAAGUUUGUGCAAAAAGGACAUACCGUUGUGCAUCGAAGUUAUCCUGACGUGUGAGUGUAAAGAAGUUGACGAGACGACCGACAAUUUGAACGGCAUUUACGUUUUGGAACAGUGGCAUUUCAGCGUCGGCCCCAAAAAGUCUGCUGAACCGUUACUAUUCAACAUAACACAACUUGCUAGCGCCAUACGGUCCCAGCUCUAUUUCUCUCAGAUAACUGCAUGGCUCACUACCCAAGACGAUUCCUGGCCUUUGACAAUACACGAGGACAAUUUUCGGUACCAUUUGACAGCUCCCGGAAAGACAAUAGCAACGUCGAAUUUCCACCUGGCGGCGACCAAGCACGAUUUUCCAGCAACUGAUAUAGGUAACGGCAUAGUUCUUCACGUUUCCUGUUUAAGUUUGCCGAGAAGUGCCACAAUUCCAAAGAUAACUUGCAAUAACUGCGCAAUGAAAACGGCUUAUGACAUGGAUAUCAAUAAUAAACUACUUGACGAUAGGAUGCAUAUUCCUUGCAAGCUUAAGGGUAAACACCGAUGCGAAGACCUGGAAGAAGAAGAGAACGUCAAAAUAGACAACAAAUUAAACGUGAAGCGACUCUGCAGUAAGUCCAGCGUCUCUUGCGAAGCGUCGACCAGCAAAAACAGGCCAAAGCUCCACACAUUCAUCCAAAAUUCAAAUUUUUAUGCUUCCGAUAAACCAAAUAACCAAACUUGCUGCCAGAGGUCGCUUCUCGUAGCCAAAAAUGAUCUCAACAAGGACAAGGGCCAGCUGUUACUGGAGGCUAUAGAACGCAGCGGCCAAAAGAGUACAAGCGAGAGUGAUAUAGCGAAUUGUGAUAAGCGAGAAAGUGAUAUUCUUAGUAUUAGAGAUAAACCUAAUUUUAGAGUAUACGUAGAUAAACAUUGUGAUAGUCCUGUUCCAAUUUUGAAAGAGAAAAAAAUAAGAGACAUUUCUAAUGUUGAUCUUAGAAAAAGAGCUCAUGUUAGACAGAAAAUCCAGUUCGACGACGAAGGCGUUAGCAAGGGAGAGGUACCGAGCCAGGUGGAGCAAGCCAAGUUUAGGAAAGAUCUAGAUAACGCUGCUUCGAUGGUUUUCCAUUCGAGGACGGGUUUACCGUUGACUAGUAGUCCUGCGCCUGUGAGAAGGGGAAAAUCGUGUUUUGAUUUUGAUUCUUCUAUCAACUCAGUUUCAGCAAUAAAAAGCGCCCUGUUCUCAACCAGUUUCUCUACAGACGAUGAAAGCGAGAGCGAUGGCAGCAUAGUGUCUCCGUGUAGUCCUGAGACACUGUUAACUCACAAAGGCGGUGUGUCACCUGUCAAGUACCGCCGAAGGGGCCACUCGGCAGGUUUAUUAGGUAGCUUUGAAGAGUCGGUUCUCAAUGGCCGUUUGGAACCAGUUUCUACCGUCCAAGGCUUUACCGCAGAACUGGGAGCUAGUGGUUCAUUUGUUCCUAAACAUCUUGUUGUGCCAGUAACAGUAUUUUUCUACACAUUAGGAGAAACGGAUAAAGUUUCAUCACCUUACCUCGGACACAUCAACCUUGGCAAGAAGAGUUACAAUGUACCCAAGAUGGGUACGGUUCAAGUGACGCUGUUCAACCCGCUCGGAACUGUGGUAAAGAUGUUUGUGAUAAUGUAUGAUCUCUCAGAUAUGCCUCCCAAUUCUCAGACUUUUAUCAGACAACGCACAUUGUAUAUGCCUACAAAUUGUAAAGAGGUCAACUUAGAAUGGGGACCCAAGUGGCUGCGGUAUCUUAUACAUUUAAGAUUUAUGAGUUCGAAAUCCGGCAAGAUCUACCUCCACAGCGAUAUCCGCAUGAUCAUCUUCCGCAAAUGCGACAUGGACACUGCGACUGCGCACGGCAUCGAGAUGCGUUACGAACUACGGAGUUUCACUCACAUGCCUACCAAUCCCAGGUAUUCACCAAGAAAGUAA